AUAUGACUUGCCCAUUUGUGAAUUUGGCUCCCCAACUCCUCGCUUCACUUCACCUGUGCCUCCCAGUUCCGCGCACUUUGCAGGCGCCCGCCCGCCUCUCCGCCACUUCUGCCGCCUGCCGGGCACCUCCUCUGGCGUUCUCCCUGCUCGCCCACCCACCUCUCUCCGCCCAGGGCCACGUUGGUUUGGGUGGCUGCUCCGCGCUGGCUUCCCCCUCCUUGCCUCUUUCCCUCCGGUCCUUCUCGUUCUCUUUCUCCGGCUGCUGCGGCUGCUGCUACUGCUUUUCAUCCAAUUGGGAAACCCAGGACGCAGGCGGUUGCUCCGUGGCGCUCUUCCAGAACGCGCAGGGUUAACAGCCUCCGGGCCCUUCCACCGAGACUUCGGGAACACGCGAAGAACUCUCCCACCUGCAGCCCCCUUUUGCCUGGCAGUUCUGCAGUGCAUCGCAUGGAAGUGGAAAAAGAAAAAAAAAUGUUCAGACUGCCUGGAUGUUGGGAUAAACUAACCUGAACCUUCUUGGGUCUCCUGCUGCCUCCCCCUUCUUCCUUCGUUGCCACCCUUUCUCUGUGUGGCUUUCCGGAGUGUGCAGUUGAGUCGCCUGGAGAUCAGGAGGAACCCGCGCUGCGCCUCCCCUGACAUGUGUGGCAUUCCAGGGCUCCCUAGGAGGGUUGCUAUACCUGGGUGGACUUUGGCUUUCUAAAUUUCAGCCCCGGGAAAGAGGAGAUUUGCCUUCUUUCUUUUCUUUCUUUUCUUUUCUUUUUCUUUUUUUUUUUUUUUAACUGAUUCAUCAUCUGUCUUGAAAGCGCUUAUUCCCUCCCUCUUUCCAAAAUACGGGCAAGUAUUCCUGCUGCUAUGAUGGGCCCUUGGGCAUCAUGAACUUCAUUAUUCCUCACUGGCUGGAAUUCAAACUGCCCAUCGGUAGUGGUCCAGUGCGUUGACCAUGCACCUGAGAAUCCACGCGAGACGGAGCCCUCCUCGGGGGCCGGCCUGGACGCUUGGGAUCUGGUCCCUCUUCUGGGGAUGUAUCGUCAGCUCUGUGUGGAGUUCCUCUAAUGUAGCUUCUUCCUCCUCUUCCUCGCCGGGGUCUCACUCUCAGCACGAGCACCAUUUCCAUGGCAGCAAGCAUCACUCAGUGCCUAUUUCUAUCUAUCGCUCCCCUGUUUCCCUUCGAGGAGGGCACGCUGGCGCUACGUACAUCUUUGGGAAAAGCGGAGGCCUCAUCCUCUACACCUGGCCGGCCAAUGAUCGACCCAGCACACGCUCUGACCGCCUUGCCGUGGGCUUCAGCACCACCGUGAAGGAUGGCAUCUUGGUGCGCAUCGACAGUGCUCCGGGCCUCGGUGACUUCCUCCAGCUUCACAUAGAACAGGGGAAAAUCGGAGUUGUCUUCAAUAUUGGCACAGUUGAUAUCUCUAUCAAGGAGGAGAGAACUCCCGUCAAUGAUGGUAAAUAUCAUGUGGUGCGCUUCACCAGGAACGGCGGCAAUGCCACACUCCAGGUGGACAACUGGCCAGUGAAUGAGCAUUAUCCCACAGGCCGGCAGUUAACCAUCUUCAACACCCAGGCGCAAAUAGCCAUCGGUGGAAAAGACAAAGGACGUCUCUUCCAAGGCCAGCUCUCUGGGCUCUAUUAUGAUGGUUUGAAAGUACUGAACAUGGCAGCUGAGAACAACCCCAAUAUUAAAAUCAAUGGAAGUGUCCGGCUGGUGGGAGAAGUCCCGUCAAUCUUGGGAACAACACAGACGACCUCCAUGCCACCAGAAAUGUCUACCACUGUCAUGGAAACCACCACUACAAUGGCUACUACCACAACCCGCAAAAAUCGCUCUACAGCAAGCAUUCAGCCAACAUCAGAUGACCUUGUUUCAUCUGCUGAAUGUUCAAGUGAUGACGAAGACUUCGUUGAAUGUGAGCCGAGUACAGGAGGUGAAUUAGUUGUCCCUCUUCUUAUAGAAGACCCUUUAGCUACCCCUCCUAUUGCUACUCGUGCACCUUCCAUUACACUCCCCCCUACCUUUCGCCCCCUCCUCACCAUUAUUGAGACCACCAAAGAUUCCCUGUCCAUGACCUCUGAGGCGGGGUUACCUUGCUUGUCGGACCAAGGCAGCGAUGGUUGUGAUGAUGAUGGCUUGGUGAUAUCUGGGUAUGGCUCAGGGGAAACCUUUGACUCUAACCUGCCCCCUACUGAUGAUGAAGAUUUUUACACCACCUUCUCCUUGGUAACAGAUAAGAGUCUUUCCACUUCAAUCUUCGAAGGUGGCUACAAAGCACAUGCGCCCAAGUGGGAAUCCAAGGACUUUAGACCUAACAAAGUCUCCGAAACUAGUAGGACUACUACCACAUCUUUGUCCCCUGAGCUGAUCCGCUUCACAGCUUCCUCCUCGUCUGGGAUGGUGCCCAAAUUGCCAGCUGGCAAAAUGAAUAACCGUGAUCUCAAACCCCAGCCUGAUAUAGUCUUGCUUCCGUUGCCCACUGCCUAUGAGCUAGACAGCACCAAACUGAAGAGCCCACUAAUUACUUCCCCCAUGUUCCGUAAUGUGCCCACAGCAAACCCCACGGAGCCGGGAGUCAGACGGGUUCCGGGGGCCUCAGAGGUGAUCCGGGAGUCGAGCAGUACAACAGGGAUGGUCGUCGGCAUUGUGGCUGCCGCUGCCCUCUGCAUCUUGAUCCUCCUGUACGCCAUGUACAAGUACAGGAACAGGGACGAGGGGUCCUACCAAGUGGACGAGACGCGGAACUACAUCAGCAACUCGGCGCAGAGCAACGGCACGCUCCUCAAGGAGAAGCAGCAGAGCGCCAAGAGCGGCCACAAGAAGCAGAAAAACAAGGACAAGGAGUAUUAUGUGUAAAAACGACGCCGCUAAUAAUCACGUGAAUUUAGGACACAGAAUUAUUUCUCUGUAAAUCUAUGAAUACUCGGCAAAUGAGAUUUCACAGGAGUCAGAACAGUUGUUGCUACGAGAUGGGGUGCACCAUGACUAUGGUGGGGAAAACCAUUUUUUAAAGGACACACACAAAGAUGUACCUACCUGUAAAGUUCAGCCAUGGCUGCUUGGAUUCAGUCAUCGCUCGGAGACAGAACAUUCUCUCGGCCCUGCUGUAUCAUAAAGCACACACGUUGCGCUCUGGAGCAAGCAGAUGGCUCCCCCCACUUCCGCGGACUUGGAAGCUUCCUUCUCUUGAGGACUUUUCACCCAAGGUAGAAGACUUUCACGGCUUACUUGUUCCAUAACUUCAAGUGAGUCUGUAAUGAUGUUUGUGAAGCUUGACUGUAACAAUGUUUUUUUUCUUUUAAUUAUGUAAAAAACAAAAACAAAAAAAAAUGAAAAAAAUGAAACACAAAAACAAAAAAAAAACCCACCCUUAUCUGGUUUUGGCCAGUGUAUGUGUAACUUUUCAAGAUCUGAGGGGAAAAAAAAAAUGGCUUUUGGGUUUUUGUUUAUUUUUUGAGAAUGACCGGACAUAAGAAAAAAAAAACAAAACAAAAAACUCAGAAAACGAAAGUAAGAGAGACUGUUGCCAUACGAACUCAAAAGCUACCAUGGUGUUCACUCUACAUAUCAGGUUGUGGUAUUUCUAGAAUCUGUUGUUUGUUUCCUAUAUGAUGCUUUGCUGAACACAUAGCAAAAUCACAGGAUGGAUGAUAGCAUUGAUUUGAAAAAGCUGGUCCCUCAGGAUCUAAUUUCAGAAUCUGCCACCCAAACCCUGACCAGAUGGGGGUUUAGGGCUGGUUUUAUCAGAGCUACUGGCUUAACAAUAUUGUUCCUGUUCAUUAGCCCAGCCAAAUUGUGGUAAAGGAGAAAGCCCCACAAACUAAAAACAGAGCCUUUCGAGGGAAGGUGAAGAGGGGGUGGGCUGGAUCUGUGACUGACUGAAAUGCAUGCACAUAAUAAAAGACAAAACAAUACUAAAAGUCUGUGAAAGAAUCAAAACAGACAGUAGGGGAGUUCAACGUGUGAUGGAUCCACAAAAGGUCACACAAGCCAAACAUGGCAUGACAGAGUGCAAAAUACAUAGUUCUUCCCCCGCCCCCAACAUGAUGUUUUUCAUAGUGGUUUAAUUUUGUAGCCUGACACUUACGGAUAACUCUGUCCUUCCAUUUGCUCACGUCCCCUUCACCCAUCUUUUCUAAAAACAAGUAAAUAAUAAAUGAAUAAAGCUGCUGUGACACACACACAAAAAAGGAAUUUAAUAGUAUAAUAUAUAUAUAAAUAAAUAUAUAUACAGAUAUAUUUAUCAUGGUAUGUUUGAUGGGAUGACUGAAACAGGAAAACUGUUAAAGUCUUGAAGUGGAAUGAGAAUGUUGUUUUAAAAGAAAAUAACAAAACAACAAAAAAGUAAACCUUAAAAUGUGAAGAAAGUGUGAGUUUUAGUUUUGUCACAGUUAACUGUGUCAAAGAGAAUAAACAAUCUUCUCAGAUUUUGUUUACAUAUUUUACUACAUUUUUGCUGUAUAAUCCCUUAGCCACCUGUGUACAUACUGCUUUAAGAACUGUUCUUUCCUUUCUAUGGGUUUGUUUCGGUUUGUUUGGUUUAUAUUCCAGUUCUCUGUCUUUCUUUUUGAAAAGAGGAAACAAAUGUACAGAAAAACAAACUGGUUGUGUGGCCAUAGCUAAUCCAAAAAGCAAGAGACAAAGCAAGACAAAUAUUCACACAAAAAUGAAGUAUGUCUUCUGGAGGGUCGGAUAUAUACAAUUUCUUUUGUAUAGAUGAAAACCAAUCAGCUGUUUAGAUUUAGAAAUCUACUCUUGCUGAUCUUUGUAAGUUGCAUGAAUAUUUGACUUUGAGAAAUAUCUUAAAGACAUGGGGCAAAAAGCGUGAUCUGAAUGAUGGUAGCCUUGACGAAUGUGUAUGGAAAGAGGUGUUCCUCAUUAUCUGAUACUUCAGUGUGUUAUGAGUUUUGGAUUUUUUUGUUGUCAUUAAAAAAGACAGGAUUAUAAAGAGAUAUCAAAGCACGAUUUUAGAUAACUUAAAUGGCCCAACCUAUAUGAAGUUGAUUAUAUCUCGAUGUCUGUAAAAGAUUGCUGUUUUUGGAGUCUUGAGGUCUUGUGAACCGAUUUCCUACUUUCUUUCUUUACAUUUUUUUUUAAUUUGAAUAAAAAUACAUUUGUUAUAUUCCUUUUAGUGUAAGUUUCUAUUUGGACAAUUUUAUGGGAACAUGUGCAUUCUGUAUGUGAGCUUCUAUCAUAUUCCUGUUGUUUUAUGAGCAGACUCUUAAGGAAUUUAUUUUAUGAUGUUGUGAAGUUACUGCUUUUUCUUUUUCCUUUCUCUUUGAUUUCAUAUUUGCAUUUUCGUUCAAGGAUAUGCUUAGCAAUAAAAUGUUCUUCCCAAAACCUUGUAUGAUGAUGCAUUUUUAUUUUCUAAACAUUUGGUAAAAUAUCUUACACUGGAGCUCAACAUGUCAUAUCUUAUUAAAAGCCAAGUGAGCUAGGACCAUGUGAAAUAAAAUAUUUUAACCAGUUACUAAUUACUUAUAUAAAUUUAUCAAAAGUGGCACAUUCAUGGGCAAAACAACUGUUGUCUGUCAACUGAGGCAUUAUUAUUUAGAUUGCUAUGAUAGGGUAAGCAGGAGGGAAAACACUUCUGAACAGGUAAGGUGACAGAAGCACUGUAUUCUGGGAAGUAUUAUUGGUACUAU